GUCUGAGAUCAAAUCCAAUCACAGCCGUCCACGACACACCCAACGUGUCCAUACGCAGGCUAUCUCAACUAGUAAACAAUAAUAUGCUCAACCCAUAAGCAAUUUAUAUAGUGCCAAAGACCCCAACAAGCAGAGGGAAACAAGAUCAAGAAAACCAGUUUCAAAAGAACCAGAGAUGAGCACCACAAAGGGGACUGGAGAAGUGAAUGAACAUGGUGGAGUGGAGAAAAAGGUGGAGACCGUGGAUUACCAGAAAUCGGCGGGGCACAACGACGAGCCGCCGAAAAAAGAAACCGUCGAAGUGAAUGAACAUGGUGGAGUGGAGAAAAAGGUGGAGACGGUGGAUUACCGGAAAUCGGCAGGACACGACGCCGAGCCGCCGAAGAAAGAAGACGUCGAAGUGAUUCACUGUACAGAGGCUAAGGAUCCGGGGGUUUUGGAUAAAGCUGGUGAGGCAGUGAAAGAGAAAAUCCAAUCUGUGAAGGAGGCCGCGUCUAACAUUGGCAAGAAGGAAAAAUAACUCCAGAAUAUUACUAGUAGAAUUUAACAAAUGAUUGUCUUAUAAAAAAAAAAAGGCUGUUUUAAGUUUUUCCUUUCUGUGUUUUUUUCGUCUUUGUUUUUUAUGCAUCAAUAAAAGUACUGAAUUUUGUCUGUUCA